AUGACACAUUCAAUUUUGUUGAAACCCAGGUCGAAGCACUACUCUGUGUGGCACAGCGAAUCUGAAGCUAGUUCUCCUAUACAGAAUGACAAGCUCAUUGUCAUCUGGAGAAAAUGGGGAGGCCGUCGCCUGACGGGAGUCCAGAAGGGCCGUUUCUACUGCCCCUCCAUGCCAGAGUGCGUCGUCACAGGAAAUAUCAGCCAGCUUGACAAGGCAGACGCUGUUCUCUUCCAUGACCUUCCGAAAGUUUAUUCCAAACGCGUUAUGCCGCAAAUACGACCUCCGCACCAAUACUGGGUCUGGGUCAUCGGCGAAUGUCCGAACAACCCUAAUGUUAUCGAUCUAGUAUCCUACAGUGGCGUUUUUAACUGGACCAUGACUUACAGAAAUGACUCGGAUGUCUUAAUCAACUAUGGCUCCGUUAGCCUCAUCUACAAAAGGCUGGCAAAAAUGGACAUUUCUCCUGACAAGGACUAUACUGUAGGGAAGAAAUAUUUAGUGGUGUGGUUCGUCAGUAAUUGUUACAAAUAUCUUCCUCGUUUUAUAUACGCGACGGAACUAGUAAAACACAUAAGUGUGGAUGUGUUUGGUAAAUGCGGUAAAUUGGUGUGUCUAGGACAUGGUAAAGACCAAUACAACUGCUCAGACCAAGUCAUCAAACAAUACAAGUUCUACCUGUCCUUCGAAAGCUACAAAUGUAAGGAGUACAUCACAGAGAAAUUCUGGAGGAAUGCCAUUGCCAAUGAAGUUGUUCCAGUAGUGUUAGGAGCACCGAAGGCCGAUUAUGAGAAAUUCGCUCCUCCCGGUUCGUUUAUUCAUGUAGAUGACUUUGAGACGCCUAAGGACUUAGCAGAUUACUUAAAGAUCCUUGACAAAGACAUAGAAAAGUACAAUGAGUACUUCAGAUGGAGGACACAACCUCCAAAGAGUAUAUAUCCCGACGAUUAUGGCGGUUGGUGUAAUUUAUGUCGGAAGCUUCAACAAGUUAACCCGACAGAGAGAAAAGUGUACACAGACUUAGAUAGAUGGUUUGCGGGGGAGAACUACGAGUUCUGUGAACCUGUCGUGCAGGUGAGUCAUCACAGUCACCAUGUUAAUAUACGUAUUAACAGGUGGGCUCCCCUUCAUCAUGUGCCCUAA